AUGCCUUCAAUAGACGUCGCGAUGGCGAGGAGUGUGAGGGGAGGAGUGAUGGACAUGGUCGCACGCAGCUUGCAGGCCGGACUUGAGCAGAGAGGCGUUAUCUCCGAGGCCCAGGGACAAUUAUCAGAUAUCAAACUGGCAUUUUCCAGCUGGGAUAAUUGCAUGCAGGCAACGUACUGCAAAUGGCCAGUGAUUGCAAUAAUCAUAGUGGUGGGCCUGUUUGUAUUCUCCAUCGUCUGGUGUAUUGCGAGAUGCCUUUGCUGCGGCCUGUCCUGCUGUUGCGAAUGCUGCUACUGCCUGAAGUGCUGUGGGAAUUGCUGCGGAUGUUGCGAUACGCCGAAAAAGCACAGGCGGAAGUACCUCGACGACCCAUACGUUCCAGCUACCGAUCAUCAAGGCUACCGCUCGGAACCCGCCAUGACUGCGGGAGCCAUACCACCAGCGCGCACAAAGGCUGCCGAUCCGCCACAGUAUGCGACUUUCGACCUGUCCAAGAAGGAGGAAGGAGAGGACUCGCUGCCCGCCAUGCCGACCUGGGAAGCCUCGGAAAGCAAGAGGUUGGAGGCGGAGGCGGAGGCUGUCGAGUUGCAGAACAUCAGGAAGCCCGAGAACAACCCAAACCAGCCCCUGCUGAAUGGAAUGUCACCAGUAGCCACACCUGGCCCCACCACUCCUAUCGGGCAAACCGGCAGAAGUCCCUACGGACCACAGGGACCCCAGGCCGCAGCCAGCGGCUAUAUGGGUGCUGGCCCAGGUGCAGGUGCAUAUGGACCGCCCGCGCCGGCCUACAACCCGAUGCACAAUGGUUAUGAUCAAUCGCAGGCCUCAUUCCACACGGGUCAAAGCUGGGGUGUGACGGGAGGCCAGGACUAUGGACAGAUGCCAGGACCAUCGCCGACGGAAUACGGAUAUAACACAUCCCCAGCACAGACGCCUCUAUACGAUGAGCACGGGGCCUACAGCGAAUACGGCAUGCCAGGCAAUGCCCCUGUUCAACCAGCCGUGGACCAGUACGGCAUGGCCGGCGCUCAGUCAGAACGGCGAGGACCUCCCAGAGGCGCCAAAGGCGCAGUGGGAGGCGCCGGCCCUCGUGCGUCUCCCGCUCCACGUGGCUCCCCGGCGCCACCUCCACAACAAGACUUCGGGUUUGGCGGCGGCCAGUUCGAUGCGCCACCACGAACUUACUCUCCGGCUCCCGUCCAGCGAACAUUCUCUCCUGCCCCUCCUCAGCGCACCUUCUCCCCCAACACCCAGCAACAAUUUGGCCCCGGACCUCAACGACAAUUCUCGGCAGACUCAGCCCCGGCCCCAGGCCGGAGACCGAUGCCGCCACGGGGCCCUCCCUACCGACAGUUCUCGGCCGACUCUGCUCCCAACCCCCAGCGACAGUACUCGUCCUCAUCACCGCGGCCUCUAGCAGGUGGCGGGCCCAGGCCCGGACCAGGUGGUGGGCCCAGGCCCGGGCCCGGCGGUCGUGGGCCGCCCCGGAGGCAGUACACAGACGUCGGUCCUGCGCCCAGUUCACCGGGCCCAACGAACAAUGGGGGCUUCGAUUUCGAGUCCGGCUUCAGCAGGCCACCUAGAGCGAACACGUUUGAUACCUCAUACGAUAAUGGAGCCAGCAGCCAGCCGGAGGAGACGUCCGCGUAUCCGGGCUACAAGCCAUACCAGCCUAAGAACUAG